UUCAAUUAAAUUGUAUCAAACUUUUUGCUUUCACAAAAUCCAAAAUACUUUUUCGGUUUUAUGUCCCAGUAAAUUCUUCGUUUCAACUAGCUACCAAUGACCGUUUUGCAGCUCGACAGAUUCGAGGCUGGCCAAGUCGAUUGUUGAAUCGAGACAGAGACAGGGGAACGGAUAUGCUAAUGAAGAUGCGAAUGAGUCUGGCGGCAUCGGCAUGGCCGAAGCAGCCGUAUCGCCUGCUGUCCUCAAUGAGCGCCAUGCUCCACCAGGGCCUGAAGGCGGGCAGGGAGAGCAGCGGCCAGAUGCCAAAGCGAAAGCAGCAGAUGACAUCGCUGAAGAGCGAACAUUUCGAUAUUCUGGUUAUCGGCGGCGGUGCCAUCGGCUGUGGCUGUGCCCUCGAGGCGGCCUCUCGCGGCUUCAAGACGGCCCUCAUCGAGGCCGAGGACUUUGCCAGCGGCGCCAGCUGCAAGUCGAGCAAACUGAUUGAGGGCAGCAACUCGUAUUUGCAUGCAGCGAUUCAGGGCGCCGAUCUGCAGCAGAUCUUCAUGCUGCAGCAGCUGCUGAACGAGCGGGCCACAAUGCUAACGAUAGCCCCCCAUUUGAAUCGCGUGCAGCCGAUGCUGAUGCCCAUCUACAGUCCGUUGCGCCUGCCCCUCUAUUGGCUGGGCCUGAAGAUGUACGACGCCAUGGCGGGCAUGUCGAAUGUGCGCGGCUCCCACUUCCUCUCCAAGCAGGCCACGCUCAAUGAGUUCCCUUUGCUGCGCAAGGACGGGCUGCUGGGCUCGCUGAUCUACUACGACGUCCAGCUGGAUGAUGCGCGCAUGUGCCUCGCCCUGGCCAUGACGGCGGUCAAGCUUGGGGCCACGGUGGCCAACUAUGUGCGCCUGCUGAAGCUGAUGCCGAGCUGCUAUCAGGACUGCCGUGAGGUGCUCGUCGCCGAUGCCCUGCAGGAGGAGUCGUUCAUCAUCAAUACGCGGGUGAUUAUCAAUGCGACGGGCGCCGGCACGGACGCGAUAAGAAAACUGGAGGACUGCCGCGCCAAUCCGAUCGCAGUGCCCCACUUGGGCACUCACAUCGCCUUGCCCGGCUAUUAUGGCUCCCAGAACUGUGGCCUGCUCUUCCCCAGCUGCGACGGCUGCGACGAGGCGCUGAUCAUGCUGCCCUUUGAGAAUCGUCUACUCGUGGGCAGCAUGGAUGUGGAGCGUCCCGAGCCGACCGGCGAGCCGCCGGCCCCGACAGCCGAUGUGGUUAACUGCCUGCUAAGGCAUACGCGCCGCGUGCUCGACGACUGUGUGCAGUUGCGCGAGGAGCAUGUGCUAAGCGCCUGGACGGGGGUGAAGCCAUCCAUCAUGUGCCCAACCAAUGCGGACACUGCGACGGACCGACACAACAUCGGCCAGGACAAGGGCAAGGGCCAGGGCCAGGACCAGCAGCAGGACAAGGAGCCGCAAGUUGUGCCCAACUUUCUGCUCGAGGUUAGCGGCAAUCAGAUGAUCACCCUGGCCGGCGGGCGCUGGAGCACGUACCGUGUAAUGGCCGUCGAUGCGAUCAACACGGCCAUUGAGUCGUGCCUACUGGAGCCGCAUUCGGACGUGAGCGUCUCCAGCAAUCUGUUGCUGGACGGCGCCGAGAACUUUUGCUGCAUGCUGCCCCUCGAUUUGGUGCAGGCAUACGAUCUGCCCAUGGACGUGGCGCAGCAUCUGGCCGAGUCGUAUGGCAGCAAUGCGCCCCUGUUGCUCUGCCCCAGCUACUGCCCUCAGCCGGACAGCCGGCAGCGCUUGCAUCCGCAGUUUCCCUACAUACAGGCCGAGGUGAUCUACGCCUGCCAGCGUGAGUAUGCCUGCCAUGUGGUGGACGUGAUUGCGCGCCGGCUGCGCGUGGCGUUCGUUGAUGCGGCCGCUGCGCAGGAGAUGCUGCCCACCGUGCUGGAGAUAAUGUCCGAGGAACUGGGCUGGGAUCAGCAGCGGCAGCUGAAGGAGAUGCGAAUGGCGCGAAAAUUUCUGCGCCAGGAGAUGGGCCUCGGCGACAUCAUCACGCCCAAAAAGAACCGGCCGGAGAGCGAGCAGUGCCAGCAGGCGCUCGCCGGAGAUUCACUUGCUUUCUCCCCAGCCAUGGAUCCGGGCUUCCCGGCGAUUUCCCAUGCUGACAUGAACUCUCAGCCCAGCUGCACGGACACCUUGUCGAGGACGGUGCAGGCUGGCCUAGCCAUGCAUACGAAAGUGCCAAUGAUGUCAAGUGCAUCAGCCACGAGGAUUGGCAGCGGCUCGGCCCUAGCGAAUGAAUCGAGUCCAGUCCACAGAGCGUCUAUGGUCAGAGGCACUUCGUCCGUCGGCCAUUCAGUGCGAGGCAGCAGUGGCAGCAGUCGGGAUUCCAAAAGGUCGACUGUAAGACGACGGGUGUCCGAUAAGACACCAGAUAGGCCAACAGGUCCCCCUGGUCCAGACAGACCAGAUGGUCCCGAUGGUCCCGAUGGUCCAGAUAGACCAGUUCGACUAAAGACCUGCAGCUUCAGUCCCUAUGUCAUACCUGACUCAGGGCCCGAAGGCGAGGCUCCACAAAAACUGGAUGUCUCGGCCAAAGCGAAGAAUGCCAGCGAAAUGAGAACGGACCCACACAGGAAACUGAGUUCACCUGUGCGAAGGCCAAGUAAGAAAUCGUCGAGCCGUGAAGAGCGCAAAGAUCCUCAAGCUGAACAAGCCGAGCUGCCCUUUAGUAAUGCCAGCAAUAAAGGCAAUAGGGCAGCGGGCAGCGGCAAGGCUCUAGAGGGCGGGGUUAGUCGAGCUGGCAAGAAAACGAAAUCGCGUAGGACCUCGGCAUCGGAAAAGCCAAAAGCAAGCGAUUCGCCGGAUAUGGCAGCAGAAACCAGCAAACGAUCCUCCAGCAAGAGGAAAACACAGCCAACAAGGAUCGAAAAGUCUAGGCCCAAGCAUUUUACUGCCGAAGAUGUUGACAAAAUGUAUGGAUUCCUGAUGCGUAACCGCACCAGUGAAAAGGCGCCAGCAGACAAAAAUCCACCCUCAGGGGAUGAACCGACGUCAGCAUUGGCCAAUAGUAGCUAUGAUGGGACUUCUUCCUCGACGGCUGGCAGCGAUCAAUAUUCAAGCAAGAUGAGGACCGAAGUGGAGCGAUCCCCGGUUGAACAUCCACAAUCUGGGAACUCAAACUCUUCUCUACCAGAGAGAGUUAACAGCGAUGCGUCCAUGGGUGAGACGACGCCAACUCAUCCAAAGUGUGGCCAGAGCCCAGGAACAUCGAAGCCAACGAUGCCCGGCAACUCCUCCUCCUCCCCCUCCUCCUCGGGCAGUCCAAGGAAAAACAAUAAUACGCGAUAUGCAUCGACGGUUUCAGCAGCUGAGAGCAGCACAGCGGCAACAGCUCCCAGCAGUGACUCGGAGGUGACCCUAAUCAUGCCGAGCCGUUCAGUCUCUCGGUUGAAUGCGCCAAACGAUCAAAUCUCUGAACGCCUAAUUGUCGGCAAUGCUCUGGAGGUUGGCAGUCGAAUUCACGAUACGGUUACAAUUCUACGCCAUGCGACGGCGAGUCUUAAGAAAAUUAAGGAAAAUAUGCGCAAAUCGAAAUCCAUUAAUCAAGUCUCUACGGAUGCAACGAGCGCAAGUAACGCCAGCAGCAUUGGCAUUGCCCAAGACGUGAGCGAGCCACCUGAGCUGAAACAGCCUAAGCAGGCUGAUGAUGACAAGCGAAGAUCGGGCAUUGCGAAUACUAGACAAAAUGACAAUGAUUUAGGUACGAAUAAAUAA